AUGGGAAGAACAUUUGUUUAUGUUCAUCAUGUGGACAAGGAUGCCUUUUUGAAAGGCAAUAUUGAGCCGGACCCGGAUGAGCUCGACAUGGUGUUUGAGAGUAGUCCUAGCUAUGAGGAGGUCUUGGAACAAGAUUCCUCCAUCCAUGAAAUGAGUGAACCUAUUUUGAUCGAACAAGUGAGGCUAACAUUAAGCCCGGUUUCGAACAACAAAAAUGAAGCAUCGCAAGAGGAGAAUGAUGAGUAUGAGGAUGAUGAGAAUGAAGUUGAUCUCCAUGAGAACAAUGUUGGUGAUUUGGACACAUAUCAUGUGCAAGAUACCAUGGACCCUUCCAUCCCGUAUUCCCGUUGCUAUGCAUCAGAGUCGGACGACGAUGGUCCCGAUGAAGAAGUUGAUGAGGAGGGGUUCACGGCGAAGGAUGCCCAAGCUUUCAAGAAGGUACAAGAAAUUACCAAGCAGCAGAAGAAAGCAAUGAAAGAAGCCCUCAGGGAAAGUUUGAAAGAACCUGUGAUGAAGGAAGAUGUUGACGACCCUAAUGGAGAAGGCCUAAACAGAUUUUACUCCAAUGCCUGCUAUUCAUGUGGGAAAGAAGGACAUUUUUCACUGUAUUGCACGAAGCAAAGCCAAGAGUAUCUGGGAGACAUCCCGACAGCAGAAGUGAAGUUUGACCCUCAGGAAAUAGAAGCUCUGAUCAUUACAGAGAAAUCCAGGAAGAGAAAACGAAGGCAACCCCAGAACAACCCAACUUCUGCAAAGAAGGACCUGAGUCAUAUCACUUGUUACAGGUGCAAGGAUUUAGGUCAUUACGCUAGUCAAUGUCCAGAAAAGAAGCCAAGAAUCCAAGGAGCCUACAUAAUCACAAAGAAGCCCCGAGACAUGUCGGAAGUCAUUUGUUUUCGCUGCAAGGAAGCAGGACAUUUUGCUAGGGAAUGUUCAAAUCAGAAGAAAGCUGGAGCUGAGUAG